UUACUACGUAUAUUAGUUGCCAGUUUACUUUGUACAUAAACAUCGACGCAAUUAAUUAGCAAUAAUUAUACCGCUGCGUUUUGGUGCAUUAACGUUUCCAUUACAAUAAUUAAGCCGAUAAAAAAUAUUGUGUGUGUUGAUGCGAAACUGAGUCAGUUGCCAAUAUGAAUGGCACCAGGUCGAUGGUAAUGUCCGCCGGUGACUUCCUGGAGGGAUUCGGCCGGAUGUUCUACGUGAUAAAUCCCAGGAAGACCCAGUUUAAGCAUGUUGAAGAAGUGCCUAACUUUUAUGUGCAGUCAUGGCCAUAUUUUUUGAUGUUCAUGGUACUGGAGCACAUCGUGUUGAAGUUAAAAGGCAAGAGAGGGAUCAGAGUUAACGAUGGAAUCACCAGUUUGUCCAAUGGAAUUAUUCUGGAAAGUGGAAGGUUGUUAUGGCGCGGCGCUGAGUUCUACGCUUACACAUGGAUCUAUAAUAACUACAAGUUAGUAGACUUACCGUGGGACAACGUUACUACAUGGAUCCUUGCUGCAUUAGGAAUGGAUUUCUGCUACUACUGGAUGCACAGAGCUUGUCAUGAGGUUCAUAUUCUUUGGGCUCAGCAUCAAGUUCAUCACACAUCUGAGGACUUCAAUAUGGGGGUUGGGAUACGACAGUCUGCUUUGCAGGGGUGGUGUGGAUUUGUAUUUUAUCUUCCUCUGGCUUUGGCGAUUCCACCAGCCCAGUUCGUAGUUCAUCAUCAGUUCAGUUAUCUGUACAUGUUCUGGAUUCAUACUGAAGCAGUGAGGAGCUUGGGUGUUUUAGAAUACGUGCUUAAUUCUCCAAGUCACCACAGAAUACAUCAUGGAAGCAAUCCAUUCUGUAUUGAUGUUAAUUACGGUGGAGUACUCAUAAUAUGGGAUAAACUCUUUGGAACAUUCAAAGCUGAAAAGGAAGGUGACAAAAUUAUUUACGGCCUCAUCUACAACCAGCCUUCGUUCAAUCCACUUCAUUUACAGACCUUCUACAAUCGCUACAUAGUGCAGAAAUUUAAAGACCAAAAGACGCUUGCACACAAAUUCCAUGCGGUAUUCAACUAUCCGAGCUGGAAAGCGGGGGGCUAUGUGCGUUUCCAAGAUAUGCCAGAAGACCCGGCGAUUCACACACGAGUGAAGUAUGACGUCAUUCUACCCAAAUGGUGCAGUGCAUACCUUAUAUGCCACUAUGCUCUGGUUUUAGUCGGAUUUAUCCAGCUUUUCCAUAAUCAUUUGAGUAUGUCUCCUGUGACAGUAUUGGUUCUUGCCCUGUAUAUCAUCGGUUCACUAACGGUGUUCGGAAUGAUCCUGGAUGCCAACCCAAAAGCACCACUCUAUGAAACCAUCAGGUGUCUCUCCUUAAUCCUUAUUUCAUUAACAUUCCCUAAUUUAAGAUUGGGACAGUUGACACAAAUGAUCUACAUAAUGUCAGCCUUAUUUUGGUUUUUAUUCUUAAACAAAAUUGUCGAAAUUAAAGCUGUCAAGAAAGGUGAUUGAAAUUAAAACUUUUUUUUAAU